UUAAGGUUUUAGAAAACUGGAAACUCAAAUACCAAGUUUCUACAAAUUGAGUAGAUGUCCAAUAUCGUCACUAUGAAUAAUAAACUAACUUUUGAAUACUUCCAAAAUGAUGAUCAAUAUGUUUGAAAGUUUCAUUAAGACAGAACAUAGUCUUAUCUUUGGAUUCGGUCGAAUGAUUCAGUUAUGAUGAAUGUCGAAAAAAACUAUGAAAUUCAGCACACAUUUAACAUUGCACUUUGAAUCAAUAUAACUGUUUAAAAAAAAAUAAACAUUCGUCUAUACAAGUGUUCAAAUGAGCGAAAAUCACGUUUUUAUUAAACUUGGAAGACUAUAAAUAGAAAGAACACAGAUAAUUAAUGCAGUCUCAAACAAGAAGUCAAAAUGAGAGUAACCGGCCGUUUUAUCUUCAUCUUCAUUCAACUUAUAUUUUUUCAAGUUGCUUUUGAAAUUGUUAAUAGUUAUCCACAAAAGCAAUGGGUUUUUGACACCAAGGCCUUCGAUGAUAAACACCAGCAUAUUUUAAUGCCGACAAGUCUUUUGACAGGUGUUUUAAUCGGAAAAAUGCAUGAACAUGUUUCAAAAAAAGUCAAAAUUAACAUAACAACUACAGUUCGGCCAACAAUAAUCGAUUUCAUAUCAAAAAUUAAGAAACGCGCUAUUCACUUUGAGAACAACGAUUCAGACGAGUCCCAUUCUGACGACAAAAUCAACUGCGGAUGCAAUGUUUCAGUUGUCGAAGGAAUUGGAGAACAUGUAGUAGAGAAUAAUGCAAAAAUUAAUCAACAUCGCGGAACAAAUCGUGAGCUGGAAGAGCACGUAUCCCACAAUUAAAUAAUAUUUUUUCAUUAUUUCAUAAUUUAUGCUUACCUAAACAAUAAUGUCAACUAUAAAAUACAUAUUUGUGUACUAUGAUUGUUUAUUGAACAUUUUUUUUGCAUCGUUUGCAAAAAAGAGGUUUCAUAAUAUUGUCCAUUGUCAUAAAAAAA